GGAAAAAAAAGUAGAGAGGAAAGGGUGUUGUGUGUGUAUAGAUGCACACUUGCUGUAAAGGGACGUCAUAGCCGAUCACACAGACGAACAGGGCUAACGUUACCAAAACAUGGCGAUGAAAUAGUUUAUGGACUAUAUAUCGGGAAAUUACUUGGAUGGUAUCAACUAUACUCUUAACUAAAGUAUAUAUUUAGAAGUACGAACCAGCUCAAAUUCGUACAAUUGGAUCCGUACAGAAACUGCUUUUUUUCACCGUCGGUACAGGCAGUGCAAGGCGCGAUCUGUGUCAACGCGAAAGGAGUGAAAGUUUGUGUUCAGAUAUCGAAUGUCGGACAUUCGACGUAGCUAGCUGGUUACAUAUGAUAUACUGACCGCGCCAUUUGCUUGCUACGUCAUUUGUGGAACAUUAAGUCUAUGCAGGACGCGAAUUACGGCCAGCUAGAAUGCAAGCUUAUUCAAAAUAAAUCUUAUUUUUGAUUUGUGCGUGGGUAGCUAGCUAGAUAACGUUAACAGCUCUGCUGCAGACCACCUUCGUAUUAUUGCGCUGUUAUUAUUUAGCCAACAGCUAACUACCUAGCCAGGUAACUUAGCUAGCUACUUAUUCUAACUUUUGUUUAAUCUCACAAACAUAAUUGUAUCGUGUAGUUAAACAUUCAAAGUAUAUGUAGACGACCACUUCGUUCGAAUUGUCAUGCAACAUAUACGUAUUAAUAUUGCCAAAAUGAACGCAUAGAGUGCAGCACAAUAUUGGGUCUCUAACGCAAUGGGACUAGCUUGCUAGCUAACUGCAUUUCGCCUUGCCGUUUUUGCGUCUGGUUGUUUAUGUUAGCAAGUCGAGUCUCAUAAGGUUCCCCCAUAUCUGUCUGAGCGGGACCUGACAGUGCAGGACACAGCUAAAUUAAACAUUGGGCCACCUGGAUUUUCUACCGGCUGCUACUUUUUUUUACUAAUUUACUACUUUUGCCAGUAUGUCCGAAAACGCCCCCACACGAAGCUUGGAUGACAUCGACCUCGCAGCUUUGAGGGACCCAGCAGGGAUCUUUGAGCUGGUGGAGGUCGUUGGCAAUGGGACCUAUGGACAGGUGUACAAGGGGCGUCAUGUUAAGACGGGCCAGCUGGCUGCCAUCAAGGUAAUGGACGUGACAGAGGAAGAAGAGGAAGAGAUCAAGGCUGAGAUCAACAUGCUGAAGAAGUACAGCCAUCACCGCAAUAUUGCCACCUACUACGGAGCUUUCGUCAAGAAGAGCCCACCUGGACAUGAUGACCAUCUCUGGCUGGUGAUGGAGUUCUGUGGGGCGGGCUCCGUGACAGACCUAGUGAAGAACACCAAGGGUAACUCUCUGAAGGAGGACUGGAUCGCUUACAUCUGCAGAGAAAUCCUCAGGGGCCUCUCGCACCUCCACCAACACAAGGUCAUCCACAGAGACAUCAAGGGACAGAACGUGCUGCUGACAGAGAACGCAGAGGUCAAACUCGUGGACUUUGGGGUGAGUGCUCAGCUGGACAGGACUGUGGGGCGCAGGAACACCUUCAUCGGUACGCCUUAUUGGAUGGCCCCUGAGGUCAUCGCCUGUGACGAGAACCCUGACUCCACCUAUGACUACAGGAGUGAUAUCUGGUCCCUGGGGAUCACAGCCAUAGAGACGGCAGAGGGAGCUCCUCCUCUGUGUGAUAUGCACCCUAUGAGAGCUCUGUUCCUCAUCCCGAGGAACCCCCCUCCCAAACUCAAGUCCAAGAAGUGGUCUAAGAAGUUUAUAGAUUUUAUUGAGGGCUGCCUGGUGAAGACGUACACCAGCCGGCCGUCCACAGAGCAGCUCCUGAAGCACUCGUUCAUCCGGGACCAGCCCACAGAGCGCCAAGUCCGCAUCCAGCUCAAAGACCACAUUGACCGCACACGCAAGAAGAGGGGAGAGAAGGAGGAGACAGAGUAUGAGUACAGUGGCAGUGAUGAGGAGGAUGAGAACCGUGGGGAAGACGGAGAGUCCAGUACCUCCAUCCUGAAUGUGCCUGGUGAGUCGACGUUGAGGCGGGACUUCCUGCGUCUGCAGCAGGAGAACAAGGAGCGAUCGGAGGCUCUGAAGAGACAGCAGGCCCAACUGGCCGCCCAGCGCCGAGACCCAGAGGAACACAAGAGACAGCUGCUGCACGACCGACAGAAACGCAUCGAGGAGCAGAAAGAACAGCGUCGCCGCCUGGAAGAGCAACAGAGAAAAGAGCGAGAGAUGGUGAGACAGCAAGAAAAGGGCCCCCAUCGGAGACUUGACGAUAUAAGGAGGGAGGAGGAUAGGAGGCUGGCCGAGAGGGAGCAGGAGUACAAGCGUAAGCAGCUGGAGGAGCAGAGGCAGUCUGAGCGUCUGCAGAGGCAGCUGCAGCAGGAGCAUGCCUACCUGGUGUCCCUGCAGCAGCAGCAACAGGACAUGAAGCCCCAGCCCCUCUACCACUACAGCAAGAACGUGGAGCCCAACAAUAAGCCUGCAUGGGCCCGAGAGGUGGAGGAGCGCAGUAAGCUCAACAGGCAGGGCUCCCCCAAAAUCUGCAACACUGUCUCUGACACUGCCAUCCAAUCACGCUCUGACUCCAUCAGCCAAUCCGGAGGGGGCCAGGCUGCUCAGACCCCGCCUAUGCAGCGGCCUGUUGAGCCUCAGGGGGGACAGGGCAAGUUCCAGAUGGCCCACUUGGUCCCGCUGAAGCCCUACGCUGCCCCUGUCCCCCGCUCCCAGUCCCUGUGUGACCAGCCCACUAAGACCAUGUCCGCCUUCCCCACCCAGGAUCCCUCCCCCACCCCCCGCCCCGUCCACUCCAGGGAGCUGGUCCGACAGAACUCUGAUCCCACCUCCGAGAGCCCCGCCCCACAGCCUCGCAAAAGGGAGGACCGCGGCCCCUGGAUUCGCCUGCCAGAGAUCGAACAGCCGCCCAAGAUUCCCCAGAGGACCGCCUCCAUUGCCACAGCUCUCAACACCAACCUAUCGUCUGGCAUCAGGCAUCCAGUCAGAGCCAGCAACCCAGACCUCAGCCGCAACGACCGCUGGGAGAGAGGAGAUAGCAUGAACCACGUAUCCAAUCUACCCCAGACUGGCUCUCUGGAGAGGCACCGGAUACUCAGCUCCUCCAAAAUAGACUCCCCCAUACUAGGCCAUGAUGGGCGCAUGACGGGGCACAAGCCAGGGGAGUCUCGCACGUCGUCCCGCCCUAGUCGCCCUGCUGACCAUGGGCUGUAUGCUAAGGAGCGUCCUGAGGAGCAGCCCAGACCUCCGGUGAAGGCCAAUGACUACUCCUCAUCCUCAGAAGGCAGUGAGAGCAGUGAGGAGAGUGAGAGUGGAGAGGGGAAUGAGGAGGAGGACAGCCCUACAGACCGUCCCCGGGAUGCCGACACUGACUCGGUCAACACCAUGGUGGUUCAUGAGGAGGAGGAGGGCGAGGGAGGGGAGGAGGGGCAGGCUGGAGGCUACAGGGACCAGACCAUGCUGGUGCAGAGGACACCAGAGAAGCGGAGCCACAAUGGAUACACCAACCUGCCUGAUGUGGUGCAGCCCUCCCACUCCCCCACUGACUCCGCCUCCCACUCCUCCCCUGGGAAAGACUCUGUUUAUGAUUAUCAGUCCAGGGGUCUAGUCAAGGCGUCAAGUGGCAAGUCCUCCUUCACCACCUUUGUUGACCUGGGCAUGUACCAACCACCAGGUGACACUGCGGAUGCCAUCUCUGUGGGCAGCCUGGGCUCCAGGUUUGAGCAGCUGAAGAUGGAGGUGAGGAAAGGCUCCAUGGUGAACGUGAACCCCACCAACACACGCCCCCACAGCGACACCCCCGAGAUCCGCAAGUACAAGAAGAGGUUCAACUCUGAGAUCCUCUGUGCUGCUCUCUGGGGUGUGAACCUGCUGGUGGGGACAGAGAACGGUCUGAAGCUGCUGGACCGUAGUGGUCAGGGGAAGGUCUACCCCCUCAUCAAUUCGCGCAGGUUUCAACAAAUGGAUGUUCUGGAGGGACUGAACCUGCUCAUCACCAUAUCAGGUAAGAAGAACAAGGUGCGUGUGUACUACCUGGCCUGGCUGAGAAACAAGAUCCUCCACAAUGACCCGGAGGUUGAGAAGAAGCAGGGCUGGACCACUGUAGGGGAGAUGGAGGGAUGUGUCCACUACAAAGUGGUGAAAUAUGAGAGGAUCAAGUUCCUGGUGAUAGCUAUGAAGAAUGCGGUGGAGGUAUAUGCCUGGGCUCCCAAGCCUUAUCACAAAUUCAUGGCCUUCAAGUCCUUUGGUGACCUGCCCCACAGGCCCCAGUUGGUAGACCUCACAGUGGAGGAAGGUCAGAGGUUGAAAGUCAUCUAUGGCUCCAUUGCUGGCUUCCACGCCAUCGACGUUGACUCUGGGAACAACUAUGACAUCUACAUCCCAGUGCAUAUCCAGUGCCAGAUCAUGCCCCAUGCCAUCGUGUUCCUGCCCAGCUCGGACGGCAUGGAGAUGCUGCUGUGCUACGAGGACGAGGGCGUCUAUGUAAACACCUACGGACGCAUCAUCAAAGAUGUGGUACUUCAGUGGGGCGAGAUGCCCACCUCCGUUGCCCAUAUCUGCUCUAACCAGAUCAUGGGUUGGGGAGAGAAGGCCAUAGAGAUCCGUGCUGUAGAGACGGGCCACUUGGACGGAGUCUUCAUGCACAAGAGAGCCCAGAGGCUCAAGUUCCUCUGUGAGAGGAAUGACAAGGUGUUCUUUGCUUCGGUGCGCUCCGGGGGCAGCAGCCAGGUCUACUUCAUGACCCUGAACAGGAACUGCAUCAUGAACUGGUGAAACAACAUCGUCCCAUACAACUAUGUCCCGUAGUCAGUGUAUGGAAACCACCAGGCCAAGCUAUUGACACUCAAACCCCCACCCACCCCCCACGCCCCACUUACAAGGACACACCACACAGUCAGACUCAACAAACACAACACACACAUACAGCACACACAAGCCUACUGUAAAUUCAUUCCAGCCUAAAGUCUUCACGACAAAGUCUAUCUCACCUGCCACCUGCUGACUCCCCUAAACUGAUUAAGCUUCCUCUGAAAUGGUAGCUAACUAUGAGACAUCACCACAGGAUUCUCAUGUAAUAUCAUCUCUACUCUACUGUGUAUAUACUUGUCCUGUAUUAUUGUACCUCAGUCACUUGGUGGACCUGUGUUUAGUCGUAACUACUGUAGUUAGUUCCUUCUUAUUGGAGGUAUGUUAAAAACAUUCCUUACUGGUGAAAUACAUUUGGAAGAAGGCAAGAUUGAACCAAUAUAAGUCAAGAUUGAAUUGUAAAUAGCCAGUAUCUAACAUGUUCACAUGGAAGAGAACAUGGGUAGAUUGAAGUCACUGGCAGACUUGUAUAUUACACCUCCAUUUGGGGCGUUACCAUGGACCUGAUAUAUACUGUACUGGCACACCCUAGAGGUUUGAAGUAUUGUUGCAACACUUCACCAUAGAAGCUCACUCACUAUGCUAAGCUUCUAAUUCCCUACGACAUCAUUAUUCAACUCAUUGUUUAAAAAUAAGAAGUGUUGUUUGAUUAAAACUUGAUUUAAUGUU